AUGCUACACAACUACGGCAAUGGCGGAAAGAAAGCUUUGCGAUGCUUCUCGCAAUCGGUCUUGAUCCAAGCCGGUCUACACUAUUUUACCAAUCCCAUGGCAACUCACGUACCUGUCGGCGAGGAUCAAAAGCAGCACAUCGAAUUCACACGAUACACCGCGAACAGCUUCAACCACCUUUUUGGAUCCCUAUUCCCAGCACCUGAAGGCUUAAUUUCACCGGCUCGCCGCGUUAUGUCUCUUAAGGACCCAGUUCACAAAAUGUCCAAGUCGGAAGUCGAUCCAAAAUCCAGGAUUCUCCUGACAGAUUCACAAAAAGACAUUGAAAAGAAGAUCAAAUCCGCACUCACCGAUUCCGAGCCUGGUAUCUCGUAUGACCCAGUUCGACGGCCAGGAAUUUCCAAUCUCAUCGAGAUACUAAGCCAUUUAGAACCAUCCGGGGGAACUUGCGAUGAAGUAGCCUCGGGUUUGCAAUCGACUAGCAUCAAGGGGCUCAAGGACCUUGUGGCAGCGGCGAUCAAUAGCCAUGUUCAGCCCAUCCGCGACAGGUAUUUCGAGAUCAUUGGCAAGGAGGCCAAUUAUCUUGAAGACGUUGCUGAACAAGGCGCUGUCAAGGCUCGCACAAGUGCGAAUAACACCAUGAAGGCCGUGCGGUCUGCCAUGGGCUUGUAA